AUGAUGUUCAAGUACCGGAUCCGCAUGUUUUUCAACGAGCUGAAGCUGCUGGUGUUGAUGCGGCGGGGCCGCCCGGAGCCCGAGCCUGGAGCUGGGGGAAGCCGGGGAGCGCUGGGCGGCAGUGGCUGCGGAUGGCCGCCCUUUGCCGAUUGCUCGGUCCAGCAGGACGAUGAAGCGGAAUAUUACGGCGGGGGAGGCGCCGAGACCCGGCCCCGGAGCCUGGCUUUGGAGGAGAAGGACCCUCGCCUUCAGCCUCCGGGGCACCAGCCGGGGCAUCAACCCACCGCGGGUGGGGCCGGAGGAGCUUUGGACUCAGUGUCGCUCAGCAGCAGCUUGGAUAGUGGUAUGAGGACCCCGCAGUGCCGGAUUUGCUUCCAGGGACCAGAGCAGGGGGAACUGCUCAGCCCCUGUCGCUGUGAUGGUUCCGUUCGCUGCACCCACCAGCCUUGCCUGAUUCGCUGGAUCAGUGAGAGGGGCUCCUGGAGCUGUGAGCUGUGCUACUUCAAGUACCAGGUCUUAGCCAUUAGCACAAAGAAUCCGUUGCAGUGGCAGGCAAUUUCCCUGACGGUGAUUGAAAAAGUGCAAAUUGCAGCCAUCAUCCUGGGUUCCCUCUUCCUCAUUGCCAGCAUCUCCUGGCUGAUUUGGUCGUCACUCAGCCCCUCGGCCAAGUGGCAGCGGCAGGACCUGCUCUUCCAGAUCUGCUAUGGGAUGUACGGUUUUAUGGAUAUCGUCUGCAUAGGCCUGAUCACUCAUGAAGGCUCCUCGGUGUAUCGAAUAUUCAAGCGCUGGCAGGCAGUGAACCAGCAAUGGAAGGUGCUGAAUUACGACAAAGCCAAGGACCUGGGGGAACCCCUUGGUGGGAGCACAAAGCCAGGGGGGCGGAAUUCACGGACGAAUCCCUCCUCAGGGAGUGAGAGGACCUCCCAGCGGGGCCAGCGGGUUAGGACUAUUUUGAACCAUCACUGUGGUUAUACAAUUCUGCACAUUCUCAGCCACCUGCGGCCUAAUGAACAUCGCGGGGGCUCCGGUUCCGGCCGCGAAGUGGUCAUGAGGGUGACGACCGUAUAAUAAUCGCUUAGGGAGCUUUUGUCAAGAGGGAGAGGCUCUGCAGACCCGAUGGAAGGAAGACACCAUGCCCUUGCUUCCACACACAGGCUCCGUUCUCAGCCCCUGCGGGGUUGGCCACACAUUGAAUACUGUCUGAUGAAGAAGGCACCCGGCUCUGUGGCGUUGCCGCAGACCCCACCCAAGCCUUCCUUGCAAGGGAGGAGCGCCUCAAUGUGGUUUCCUCUUCCUGAUCUCCCAUCAAUGUGAAUUCUUUUCCUUUCCA